CACGGGUCUCCUCCUUUCCCAAGAGGUAAGAGGCGGGUAGGUUGCAAGGAAAACGAAAGUUGAACGCUUCCGCAGAUCGCGUCGUCCUUGCGGGGUUGGAAAGGGCUGCUCGGAUUGCAAACGGAGUGCGAUGGCCGGGGAAGCCCCUGCGGAGCCCGAGGCGCCCUCCUGCCAGUUGACGGUGAUGAAUGAAGAGUUUCAGUUCCUCCUAUGUGACAGGUGCCACGCAGAGGUCCCAUACCCCAAACUCCUGCCCUGCCUUCACAAUCUGUGCUCCCAGUGCCUUGAAGGAAACAAUCCAACCGAUCUCUGCGUCAUCUGUGGAACACCACACUUCCACCUUGCAGAGGCCCCCGAAACUCUGAAUAACGUCUUCUUUGCCAACCUUCAAGCCAAGUUCAGUAUCUACCGGAAGGUCACUAGGAGCAGAUCCCCGGUUUGUGACAACUGUAAGAAAGAGGCAGAGUUUUGGUGUUCCACCUGCGAGGAGUUCCUUUGCCUCUUGUGCUUUCGAAGCCACCAGAGGUACCUGAAGAAAGACAGUCACGAAGCCAGACCACUGAAGGACUUCCAGGCACAAUCUUGCAAAGACUUCCUCUCGACCAUCAGAAAACCCAACACCAUGUUUUGUUCCAAGGCGGGGCACAGCACCCAAAUGUUAAGCCUCUAUUGUAGGCAGUGUAGUCAAUCCAUGUGUGCUGUUUGUGCCCUACUGGACAGCGAGCACAUGGGUCAACAUUGCGACAUCAGCCAGGAAAUCCAACUUAGGCAGAAUGAAUUGCAGAACAUGAGCGCGGAGCUGAGGGAGAAGAAGGACGUCUACGACAGGAACUCCAGCAGCCUUGAGGAACUGGUGAGAAACAUGGAGCGGUUGAGAAAUGAGACGCAAGAGCUGAUCCAGCAGAAGAUAGAGGAGAUGAUCCAGAUGCUGCGAGAAAAGGGCGAAGGGUUCUUAGCAGAAGUAGAGGCCCAUCAUAACCACCAGGUCCAAGACGUGAAGAAGAAGCUGCAGGAGAUGGAUGGAGUGGUCCAGAGAAUCACAUCCAGCCAGAGGUUGGUAGAGAAGUUGCAUAUCUAUGCUUCUGGCCAGGAGGUGUUGGAGAUGCAUCCUUUCCUGAAAAAGUCCAUGAUGGAGCUCAGAAGGAAACAGCCCUCUAUGGCAGAGAGAAUCGAAGUGAGGAACUUCCUAGAAACCAAGAGCCAACUUCAAAAUUUGCUCGAAAGAGUGACAAGAGACAGAGAUUCAGACUCCAACUUUCCCAGAGGAUCUGGAGCUACGACACCAACACCAGAAACUGUUCCAGCUAAACCCCAAACAGAGCCUCAGGAGAACCUUUUUGGAAGAUCAUCGCUAAAAAGGGAAUACGUUGAAGAGGCAACCAACACCACCGGCCAUCCCAAAAUGGUCAAAAUUGAGCCGUUAAACAAUGAGGAAACCUUGAUGAACAAACCGGGGACCAGUUAUGGAUCCACUGGAGGUCCUUAUGUCACAGGAAGCCAAAGAGGCCUCAGAGAAACCCCUGAGGAUACCCUACUGGUUGCUGCUGAGGAGUAUUCAAAUUCAUCUGAUCUAGAAAAUGACUCUUCGAUGAACAUUUCUUCAGAAGAAGAAGAAUCCACUGAUGAUGAUGAUGAAACCGGGGCCUCAGUCCUUCCCCUGGACAUCAACCCUACAUCACCAGUUGGCCAGAAAAUGAGGUAUCCGUUAAGCAAACCUGUAGAUGUCAGCUUGGAGUCCAGGAUCAUAUUCUUUGAUCUCAAGACUCUACCAGGAAAUACCCUUCACCUGGCCGCCCUUGGAGAGGGAACCACCAUUUUUCGUGUCAUGAUUUCUUGCCUGGAAAAUACAAGCGGCAGAACCAGUGCGUUUGGCGUGGAUGAGUUCCUCCAGUACCUCAGCAGCCUCCAGAUGCCCAUUUUGGUGGGUUACAAGCUGUGGUCCAUGGACCUCGCUGCUCUGCUUAAUGCCCUUCAGAAAAUCAACAGAGAAGAAGUGUUUGAGGCGUCCACCUUUGGUUUCUUGGAUGCUUUGCCCCUCAUUCGAGAGAAAUUCCCUGAAAUCUCUAAUUAUACACUGAAGAAUUUAGACAAGAUAUACCUUUGGGGACAGUUGGACAACACCAAUGCGGGCAACUGUGCCAAAACUCUGAAGGACCUCUGUACCAUCUUUGAAAUUAACAACAUGUUCCAGAGGAGGCCUCUAAUUCCCUGUUCCAGCUUCAGGUGUUAUGCCUCGCUUCAACCUCUCUUGCGGGAGAAAGUCCUGUCCAUGCCCUCGGUGCAGACUUUGGCCCUGCACAAUGUCUCCCUUAACAUACUGCAGUCUGUCUAUCAAAACGACCCAGAGAAAGGGCUGAAGAAACUGUGCAGGUGUUUGAACACCAAGCGGAGGAUCGGGGAGAAAAAAAUUCAACGGUUGAGCAAGAUCCGCACCUAUUUCCGAAACCUUCUAUCAUCCUCUCAGUGUUCUUCACUUUUUGGAAUUAGGAGUUGGGAUUAAAAUGACCCACAAGGGAAUUCUUCUGAAGUGAAACCACACAAGCCUGGGUGGUAUAGCUGGCCAAAGGUCUUCUGGCGUUUCAUGAGAACAUGACUGAGUUCUCAUAGACCUCAUCAAAGUGCUUUAUGGAAUCAAUCACAGAUGGUUAGGUUUGUUGUGCAUUAAGCGGCACCAUGAGGCCAACUUUGUGCAGGCAGCAUUAUGGCUUAAGUAAGACAAUGGUUCAAUCCAGUCCAUUUUGGUAUCCCUCAAGGGACUCUUUGAUCAUACAUAUGAAAUAACUGACGAUACGAAAUCUGAAAGUCCACCACGAAAGCUCAGUUAGUGUUUUAGGAAGCUGAGAACAUCUUCAGUUGUAAUUGGGUGAACUUCAACUACUAGCAGCUCCCAAAAAAAACCUAGUCAGUGAGAAGAAAGGCUAGAAGUCAUAGUUAAUGUCACACGUGCUUUUCCCCCCCCCAGUUCCUAUGUGGUCUGAUCCAGGAAAAAUCUCAUCAUAUAUCCUUCAUAUAGGUUAAAUACAACGACGAUAUUAGAAAUUGCAAUAAAGUGAUAACACUUCAAACUUCCCUUGUGAAAUCCCAGACUAAGUUUGCUUCUGAUCAACCUCUUUCACCUCUCAAAGCCUACUUGGUCACUUGGAAUCCUUAAGUAUCUGAUUGGUUUGGGAGGUCAGAUAAUCUUAAGGAUUUGAGGUCAAGCUUCUAUCCACAAAAUGACACAUUGAGAAUGUGAGAUUAUCAAGAACAGAUGCUUCAACAGACUCCCUUUUUCUACCAUAAACGAAAACCAAUAAAACUAUAUUGUCUUUUAA